GACCUAAAAUCCACCACGAAGGGCGGACAACAAUUACCAUCGAGUAAUAGACCACAACACCUGUUUCUACACAUCGUCUCACAUUGAGCGACAGCACUUCAUCCUGCAACAGUCGAUCGCCAGUCUCAAUUCCUACCCACACAAUGUCGUACGACGAGCGCUCCAAUGCGCGCCCUGCUCUGGGUGAUGAGUCCGAUGUCGAGGAGGAGGCCUUGGUCAACGAUUACCGGGAACAGGUGCACUUCGAUGAUGGAAUGAGCGAUCUCGACCGUACCACUUCACUUGGUGCUGCGUCUCAAACACAGGAUCUUCAAGCACAACUUGCCGCGGCCGCAACCCCGCUCGAGUACCAGGCCACUUUAGAGACAAAAUUUGCCAGCUACGACAACUACUGCAGUCUGUUCCAUUACAUUCUCAACUCGGAGGGUCCCGUUGAUUUGGAGGUUCCUUCGUACUACUGGGCUUGGGAUGUCAUCGAUGAGUUCAUCUAUCAAUUCGAGUCCUUCUGCCGCUACCGCAACCGUGUGGCCCGCACCGGAUCCAAUGAAGAAGAGGCUCAACUUCUCCGCGAGAACCCUAACACAUGGGGUUGCUACUCAGUCCUCAACGUGCUGUACUCUUUGAUCCAACGAUCACAGAUUAACGAACAACUUGCUGCCAUCAAGAGGGGAGAGGACCCUUUGACUGUGGCCGGAGAAUAUGGUUCGCGUCCAUUGUACAAAAUGCUCGGAUACUUUUCUAUCAUCGGGCUAUUGCGCGUGCACUGCUUGCUCGGUGACUUCAGCCUUGCGCUCAAGACCCUUGACGAUAUUGAAAUGAACAAGAAGGCCAUGUUCGCUCGUGUCAUGGCUGCCCACUUCACAACCUACUACUACGUGGGUUUCUCCUACAUGAUGAUGCGCCGCUACGCCGACGCCAUUCGCAUGUUCAGCCACAUCCUCGUCUAUGUGUCUCGAACAAAGAACUUCCAAAAGGGCAGCAACCAGUACGAUGCGAUCACCAAGAAGAACGACCAAAUGUACGCCUUGAUCGCCAUCUGUGUCGCCUUCCACCCCACUCGACUUGACGACACUAUCCACACCGCCCUUCGCGAGAAGUAUGGUGAGCAAUUCCACCGCCUCCAACGCGGUGGACCCGAGGCAUUACCAUUGUUUGAGGAGCUCUUCCGCUCUGCAUGCCCCAAGUUCAUCAGCCCAACACCCCCAGACUUUGACAACCCGUCCGUCAAUAUUGAUCCCGUUGACCAUCAUACCGCCAUUUUCAUGGACGAGGUCAAGAAUACCCUCUUCAAUCCCACUGUCAAGUCCUACUUGAAGCUUUACACCACGAUGGACUUGAGCAAACUUGCCGGUUUCUUGGACGUUGAACCCGAGAAGUUGCGCGCAUGGCUCCUUGUCAACAAGCAGCGCAGCCGUCAAAUUCGCUGGGUUGAAGGUGGUUUGCUGGAAGGUGAGCCUAUCAAUGCUAGUGACUUGGACUACGCCAUUGAAGGUGAUCUUAUCCACAUCAGCGAAGCCAAGGCUGGCCGAAGACUUGUUGACUGGUACCUGCGUAACCUUACUCGCACUUACUAGAUUGCGGUCUGUCAUUUCAUCUAGAUUUCUCUUGUCCUGAUUAAAAGUUCAAUUUUUCACUUUCAUAAAGCACCUCUUUUCUUCUAUUUACUCUUGGUUCUUCUUUCUACUUGAGGAGUCGGCGUAUGUAUUCCUUCGAUCUUGCUAUGUACUUUUCGUCGAAGAGUAUUCUCUAAUCUUUUCGAUAUGUGAUUUUUGUUUUCAUUUAUAUGUGUCAGAAUUGUGCAUGACCGGGCCCCUUGUCUAUCACAGUGGGUUAUAGGCACAAACCGAGGUGGCAGGUGCAAUCCAAGAACUUGAUGGGAAGGAAAUUCAGCCGAGCUAGGGUCGAAGAAUGACUCUUUCCGAGAAAGCUCGACAUGGUAACUGCUCUAAAAACGGAGAAGUGCUACUGCAGCGGAAUGGGUUUGGCAGAAUAUUACGUGAAGGGAUCUUUGGUGGGAUUAGACCAUGCUGUGUGGUGUUGUUCAAUGAUGUGAUGAAGGCCGAUUACGGCGGCUGGUAGCUAUCUAUCUAUGUCCACAAACGAAGGAAUGAUUUAUUCAAAACGUUGGGCUUC